GGAUUUCCAGUUUCCAUUAUAUGCAAAGACCCGUCUCCAACCAACAAAAUACUUCUCUCUCUCUCUCUCUCUCUCUCUCUCUCUCUCUCUCUCUAAUCUUCUCUCUUUAAAACCCAAUCUUUAGUUUCUGAUUCGUGUCUUCUCGGGUUUCUCCUUUCUCUGCGGGAAGAUCACUCCUCUAUAUAUAAUUAUAUACAUGUAGAUUUCAAUUUCGGAGAAAGAAACUCAGAGGAAGCGUAAUUUGGGAAUUACAAUAGCAGAAUGAAACAGAGAAGUAGCCCCCACUACCAACCCAAGUACACUAGCAACGAUGAGAUUGAAGUCGCUGAGGUCUUGCUUAAGCUUCAUACUCUAAUCGCUGAAUCUGAGUAUGGUCUUCAACUUCCAUUAUCUUGGGGUUCCAAACGGCGGAGAUCUGCCGAUGAUAGUCACCGCCGCGUUCUUUUACCCUCGACACCGUUCCCUUCACUUCAUGGGAUUGGUGGUCUUCUGGUCUCCGUCUUUGACCCCGAUAAGACUAAGACCGCCGUCAAAGUGGAGGCUUCGAGUCCUGCUACGCCUCUCUCUUUUUCUCCGAGUGAAUCUGAUGAGAAGCCUAAGCGCUUGAAAAGAAAAGCAUCUGCAAAGAAGACGAAAGAGCAGUUGCUAGAAAUUGUAGAACAAUACACUCAGAGCAAUGAAUCAUUGACAAAGGAGAUAGAGAAGAGCAGGCAAAAGUACGAGGAGCUGAAAGCAAGCAAUUUGUGGCUUCAAGCAAAGAAACAAGAGCUAAAUCUUGGAAUUAUUAGAAGAGAAGAGCCACAAUUGGAACCAAAAACCAGCAAAAACAGCUUGAACUAUGAGGUGAAAAUUGGGCAGGCCCUAGUGAAAGCAUCAUCAACUGUAGUUGGAUACAAAGAUAAUCAUCAACUACGUCUGGUGAUUGAUCAGCGACCAUUGAUCAUAGAUAGGACGGCGAAUAAAACAGGGAUAGGUGAGAGUUAUCAGUAUCCAUUUGGCCAAACACUGUCAUUGUUCCCAUCAAGAACCGGAUUGGGCAUGAGCAGCAUCAGCGAAGAUGUGGGGCCAAGUGGUAUCCCUGAUCUCAACGUUUCUCUAGUGGACUCUCUUUGGAUGGAUUUUGCUCACCCAGUUGAUGAAAACAGGACUUUAACCAAGGCAUUGGCAGCUCAGGCUAGACACAGAAGAAUGCAAAUUUGCAGGGAGAAGAACUCUUAUUCCAAACUACGUCUCUCGCAUAGAUGAUAUUCUCUCUUUCUUUUUUUUUUAAUUGAGAUUAUCUGGAUAUAUAUAUAGUUAAAUAUUCUACAAGUGUAAAUUAGCGAAGCUCUUGUUUUCUCUAGAAGGAGAUUUUGGUCAAUUAACUCCUAAAUUUGUUCGAAAAGAAUUUAAAUAUAUCGGAAAUCUCGGAGUCUGUCUCUUUAGAUAUUA